AUGCGGCUGGCGGCGGCGCUGCGGCUGCGGCUGCGGCCCGGUGGCUGCGGCCCGGCGGGGCCCGGGCUCGGCUACCGGCAGGGGCAGAGCCCGGCGCCGCGCACCCGCGAGUACUUCUACUACAUCGACCACCAGGGCCAGCUCUUCCUGGACGACACCAAGGUGAAGAACUUCAUCACCUGCUUCAAAGACGUGAAGUUCCUCGCCUUCUUCUUCAAGCAGCUGCAGCGGAACCGCAGCGGGCGCUACGAGGCUGACUUCCCCUACGUCUCGCCCUGCGGCCGCGAGCGCAACUUCGUCCGCUGCGACGACCGGCCCGUCGUCUUCACCCAGCUGCUGCCCGGCCCGGGCGACUCCGAGCUGCUGUCCUACUGCGGCGGGGGCGACCGCCUCGUCGUGCCCUUCGAGCCGCCCCAGCUGGCCAUGCUGCCCGAGAACGGGCGCCUCUACCACCCGGCGCCGGCCAGGGCGGGCGGCGUGGGGCUGGUGAAGUCGGCGCUGGCCUUCGAGUGGAGCGCCUGCUUCGAGUAUCGCCGGGGCCCGGCGCAGCCGCCCACCCACUUCACCUGGCGCGGCCGGCGCUACGACCUCACCAACGAGCUGGUGCCCCUCAUCCGCGCCGGCGACGCCGCGGGUGCCGUCGGCCUGUGAACCACGAGUAUAAAGCGCCUUAACCGUC